UAGACCUGGCCACUAUUUUACCUUCUCCUCCUCAGUCUCGCCUCAGUAGUCAGUCCUCUCUGCUCAGCGACAAGGUUACUGAAGAAAAGUCGCCUGAGAUCCUUCAAUGGGUUACAUACAGGAAGCACGUGAGAAUCACGUGAAGAAGAAGGUAGAAGAAGCGCUGAGGAGCAAAAUGAAGCAGAAGGCUAUGAAGGAGUGUAAGGAUUACGCUUCCAAAUAUGCAGAGUGCUCUACUGGGAGAACCAUCUCCGUUGUUUGGCAGUGUCGCCAAGAAGCUAAGGAAUUGAACAAUUGCCUUCACCAAUUCACUAAUGAUGAUGUCUUGGAGCAAAUGAAAAAAGAUUACAUGCUUCAACAACAGCAGAAGGAAUCUACCAGAAGUCUAAAUCCAUCUGCUAUCUAAGCAUGGACGAAACAUGUAGUGCAGGGUUUGUUGUUAAGCAACAAUUUUUAAUGUUUUCCUGAAAGUGGUUAUGUAGCAUUUAAUUCACCACUGGUUCAUAUUUCAACUAAAUAUGUUAUUUUGAUUCCCCCUGUGGUGCAAUUGUUGUCCAGGCUGGUGAGAUUUUUCAGCGAUAGACAAGUCAUUUCCAUGUUGGAGGAUUGAACUGGCCAAUACUGUGUAGUUGGAAUCAAAAUAUGGAAUUAAGGAAUCUAAAAUUUGGUCUUUUGGGAACGUUUGAAACU